GAAAUCCUUCAUGCUUUCCUCCAAACGUUGUGACAACAUCCUGCAGACCAAGUAAUGCUGAAGAGCGCAGCCUGACUCUGAGACUUGAGUAGGUCUGUCUUCGACGGUGAAAACGUCGCAUCCGCGCGUCCCACGCCGCCGCCAACGACAGACCCCAAGUUGUGGGUCCACGUGUUUCCAAUUACUCAAAAAGUUGAUUUUGCAGUGCGAAUUGCCAUGAUGCAUUUUUUCUGGCUUCUUCAAUGGGUCCACAGGCAAUUCCUCGAUCGAUUGCUUUCUCUCGUCGCCCUGAGCUCUCGAGUAUAUAUCUAGGGCUAUGUUAGUCCCAUCAUCCCAACAAACCAGCCCCACUGCGCUUUCCGAUAGCCCAACGAAGCCUAUCUCUAAUACUUUAAGAAUCUGUCUCAUCGAAGAGCUCUAAAAUGUCUACUUCAUCCCAAUUCUCCAGAGUCUCCGGCAACUGGCGCAAGGCUUCCAUAUCCUCAGUCAACAUUGAUCUUGAGGCACAAACCGUUACUGGCACGCACGCGUCCUUCACUCUUCCCGCUGCCACCCAGGCAGUUCAUUCUGCUGCUGCGCCUACACACACACCUCAGCAGAAUGACAACACUACAGACCCCAUCGAUGACUUCUUCGGGGUCACUCGCACCCGUGCAACUCGCGAGAGUCGCCAUGAUUCAUACGUCACACUUAGUCGCAUUUCCAUGGCUAUGGAUGGAGAAGCGCCUCCUCCAUAUGUGGACGCCACUGAGCCUCCUGCAUACAACUCCACUCCUGCUGAGCCUGUGACACUGGCUAUGUAUCUGUUCAAAUUCGGAUUUUUGUUCCCACCAUUCUGGUUACUUGCAGCAAUCAUCCUGCUCUCGCCACUCACGGCUCCUGCUGACUUCGAACCAACGAAGUCUGACGCUGAGCGCCAGGAGCUAGUCCAGAUCAUGAGAGAUGCUGAGGUCAAGUGGGCUAAACGAUCUGCUUGGGCACUCCUGAUCUUCCUGGUUGUCGUUGGCAUUAUCGCUGGGGCUAUCAUCAGUGUCUUCAAAUCAUGAACAACUCGACACACGCCCAGUUCUCUCCGCAUGACUAUUUCAUUCCCUCAAUCACCGCUGCAUGGACUUCAUUUCCGUCUUCGUAUUUCAUUUCGACGUCCUGAGGGUGGCCUCAGGUCAUAAUCACCCCGUCUUUCCUUAUAUUCCUCGGAACCAAAAUUCGUUGUAUCAGAAUAUCUCCCACAAACGGGACGCGCUGUAUGACUAGGUGUCUGUAUUUAUGACUAUAUUAUGAAUGCAGGCGAAUAAAAAACAUCGUUG